AUGGAUAACUAUCAGAAGCUGGAAAAGGUUGGCGAGGUCAAGCACGAUGGACUGACUCAACCAGGCACGUAUGGUGUUGUCUACAAGGCGCGUGACCUUGCCAAUAGUGGCCGCAUAGUCGCCCUCAAAAAGAUUCGCCUCGAAGCCGAAGACGAAGGUGUCCCCAGCACUGCCAUCCGAGAAAUCUCCCUUCUCAAGGAAUUGAGAGACCCCAACAUUGUCCGCCUGUUUAACAUUGUCCACUCCGACGGCCACAAGCUCUACCUUGUAUUUGAGUUCGUGGACCUAGAUCUGAAGAGGUACAUGGAGGCGCUACCCGUCAGCGAUGGUGGCCGAGGCAAAGCUCUGCCCGAGGGAUCCUCAGCGACCAUUAUGCAGCUCGGCCUUGGCGAAGUUGUUGUCCGGAAGUUCAUGAUGCAGUUGUGCGAGGGCAUCAAGUACUGCCAUUCACGUCGAGUGCUUCACCGUGAUUUGAAGCCCCAAAACUUGCUGAUUGACAAGGAGGGCAACCUGAAGCUGGCUGAUUUUGGCCUUGCCCGUGCCUUUGGCGUGCCCCUGCGAACGUAUACCCAUGAAGUGGUGACGUUGUGGUAUCGAGCUCCGGAGAUUUUACUCGGUGGAAGACAAUACUCGACUGGUGUCGAUAUGUGGUCAGUGGGAUGUAUCUUUGCCGAAAUGUGUACCCGGAAACCGUUGUUCCCCGGUGACUCGGAAAUUGACGAGAUUUUCAAGAUUUUCCGGCAAGUUCCCCUCCUCCUCCAUUCCACGCCUUAA